CCCUUCAGCAGAGGUACAACAUUAUUGGGCAGCUUCAGCUUGGGGUAGGGCUUCUCAACUCAAGUCAAGAUGAGAGCGUUGAAAGUGUGCGUGAUCGCGGCAGCGCUGGUGUCCUUUGCCAACGCACAAGUGUCCACCGGAAUAGGUCUGUACGCCGGUUUGGUGCGGCUGGUGAGCGGACCCAGCGUGCGGGAAGGCCGGGUGGAGAUACGGCGGACUGAGUCCGAAAGCUGGGGGUCCAUCUGUGACGACAGCUGGGAUUUGCAAGACGCUCACGUUAUCUGCCGUAUGCUCGGCUAUCCACGUGCACUGGAGGCCAAAGGUUCUGCUUACUAUGGGCAGGGAAACGGUAAUAUCUACCUGGACGAUUUGAACUGCAAUGGGAACGAGGACAGCAUCUUCGACUGUCCGUCCAGAGGAUGGGGCUCCCAUAACUGCGGCCACGGAGAAGAUGCAGGCGUGGUGUGUGAGGAAUAUACUCGACAUUGUGCGGACUUGGUGGUGACCCACGGCCACGCCACGUACUGGUUGGACACGGCGUUCAUCCACUGUGACGUCGGCUACAUGGUGGUGGGACCCGGCGUCAGGAACUGCACAGCGGACGGGACGUGGGUGGGGGGAAACAACGCCACGUGCCAAGUGACGGAAUGCCCACCGCCACCCACCGUCCUUCACGGAGAGGUGACGUACACGGGUCUGGAGUAUUCAGACGUCGCCACGUACACCUGCGAACCCGGCUUCACCUUCAACAACCCGUCAGAGCAGCUCACCUGCGAGUCUCAGGGAGACUGGGACUUCAUCAGGACUCCGGCGUGUGAGACUAUCUGCGGGAAUAACCAGCACCUGACGUACGACAGAGGCGUCCUCCUGAGCCCGAACUUCCCCGGGAACUAUGAGAGCUCCCAGACCUGCACCUGGCACAUCAAGCCCAAGGAGAACCACCUCGUGCUCUUCCGCUUCAACUUCUUCGACACCGAGCACAACUAUGACUUCCUCACUAUAUAUGAGGGUUCCUCGGACUCCGGGCGGCUGAUGCUGACCCUGUCCGGACAGUACAAGCCUGUGGACGUGUUCAAGACCGAGUCAGCUGACGAGAUCUUCGUCCGCUUCCAGACGGACGCGUCCUUCACGAUGGGCGGGUUCAACAUCUCCUACUGGGCUGCGGACUGCGCGACUCCUUCGACACUCUCGCACGGAGGUACGACGUUCUCCGGCAGCUUGACCGGCGCCACCGUGUUCUACAGCUGUGAGCUGGGGUACGACCUGAUCGGCCAGGACAGCGCCACCUGCACGGCCGCCGGCUGGUCUUCCCCCGAACCCGACUGUCAGAUCAAAGACUGCCUGCCCCUGUCGACGCCCGACCACGGCACGGCCAGUGCGACCUGCACCACGUACGGCUGUACCUACAGCUUCUCGUGCGAGGUCGGGUACGAGAUCGUCGGGUCCAGCCAGAGGACGUGUAAGGAAGACGGGCUUUGGACUGGGAACGACACCUCUUGUGAAGUUGUGCACUGUCCUGAGCUGUCACGGCCAGAGUUUGGGAAGAUCUUCGGCAGCGGGACGGUGUACGGUACCGUGACGCAGUUCGUCUGUCUCCACGGCUUCGUUCAGGGCUCCACCUCCCGGACCUGCCAGGCGGACGGGACGUGGUCCGGACAGGACGUCAUCUGUCACGACCCAGUGCAGUGUGAUUUUGAGGCCAGUAUCUGUGGCUUCCAACAAGACCACCAAACCGACGACUUCGACUGGACCAGGAACUGUGGAGAGACUGCGUCCGAUGGCACCGGACCGAGCUCAGGAUAUGGUUCUAGCUGUUACGUGUACACCGAGGCGUCCAGUCCGCGUGUGCAGGGCCAAGUGGCGCGGCUCACCAGCGCAGAGUUCCAAACUGAGGGAUGUCAGCAGCUGCAGUUCUACUAUCACAUGUACGGGGGCAACAUGGGCACGCUUAACGUCUACUUGGAGACAAGGACAUACGUGAUCACCAGCGAGCUUGCCUUUACAAUUUCUGGCGACCAGUCCAACUCCUGGCAUCGUUUAGCAAUAGACAUUCCAGAGGAUGGAUAUCACAAGGUGACGUUUGAGGCCAUCCUAGGAUCGGACUUCGAAAGUGACAUCGCCAUUGAUGAGGUCCAGCUCAUACCAAGUGACCACUGUCCAGGUUGGUCCUCCGAGUAG